AUGUUUGGUAUCUUGGAGGCCGUAGCGAUUCCUCGCACAGGCGUCUUUGACACGUACGACAAUCUGGUUGAUAAUCUGAAUGAGCGGAUGGUAAAGGAUGGUUACAAAAUCGUGAAAUCGCGCUCUCACAGGGCACGCGUGGUUGGUCCGGAUGGUCCCAGCAUGGAGAUGAUUCGCGCCGACUUGGUCUGUGAUCGUGGUGGCCGACCAUACAAGUCGGUGGCAACAGAACGCAAAACAUCGACUAAGAAGACGGGCUGUCCGUGGAAGGCAAAGGCGGUUAAGCGGAAAACGGUCGGAGGGUGGGUGCUCACUAUGGUUUGCGACGAGCAUAACCACGAGCCAGGCACGCCGGAGCCUCCAUCACCAGAGCCCAGCGAUGAUGAAGCAGAACAAACGGACGACUCAGCCGCAAAUUUGCCAGCACUUGGGCCGGAAACCGCGGCUGCCGUCCAAGUCGCUGGCUUGUCGGACACGGCAGUACGGCUGACGGGAGAAACAUUCAAUCAGUACAAGCGAGAUUACAGGAAGCUUUCACCACCAGAGAGAAUGCAGAUCCUUGCAAAUAUGCAGAUGCGGAUUGCUGCCAUUUUCGCGAUUCAGAAUGAAGAUGCGCAGCGGCAGCGGCGUCUGGAGCGCCAAGAGAAGCGUCACCAAGAGAUCGAAGCAAGCAAAAGGGCGCGACAAGGAGAAAAUCCAACACCAAUAUCAACAAAUAAAAGACAAAGACUGAGCAACAUCGGAAACCCAAACCUUGGCCAAGGCGCUCCCCAACAUCAGAUGCAAGAACAGGCGCAGCAAUCUAGGCAGCAAUUGACCGACACAGCACAACCGCAGGACAAAUCCGUGCAAACCUCGGUUACCAUCUCCAACAGAAAUGUUCCAUUUCAGCAAUACGCGUUCAACGGCCGGCGUGGUCGAGCGCCAAAUCCAUAA